UUAUUUGAGGUAUAUCUUUAGGUGUUUUUCAUCUUUGUAGUAUUAAACAAUUUAGCGAUAUUUGCUUUCAGUAAGUCAUGUUUUUGAAUUCCAGAUUUGAUCAAAAUUACUCGUUUUUGUCUUAUUAGUAGUAUUUUGCUGAUGUUUUUGGGUAGACAUAUUUUUUUUCGGACAAAAGAUCUGAGGGCCAUUUUAUCGCAACUUUUAAUCCCAUAUUGCACGAAAAACAAACUUCGUAAGUGAGCAAUUGAUUAUCAUCUUGUUUACUUGCAGUGUGGUGGUCUCUGUUUUAACUUUUGUUUGGACAAACAAUUUAGAGCUAUUUUGUCUCAGAAAUAUUGUUUUUAAUCCGAUCUUGCAUAAAAUAUACAUCUUCUAGAUAUCCAAUAUUUUACCAUUUUGGGGCAAUUGUGUGCCAAAAAGAACUGUUUAUUGGAAGAGGAAUUGGGCUUAAUUAUAUAGAAAGGGGCAAAUGGAAGAGCAGGGUUUUUUGGGUGUCUUGGAAAGUAGCCAGCCUGUGGAUCUUGAUAAGCAUCCUUCUGGAUUAGUUCCAAUUUUGCAGAAUCUGGUUUCAACAGUUAAUAUGGGCUGUAAGCUGGAUUUGAAAGAAAUAGCUCUUCAUGCCCGAAAUGCAGAAUAUAACCCAAAGCGUUUUGCUGCUGUGAUAAUGAGGAUAAGGGAACCUAAGACAACUGCUUUGAUAUUUGCAUCUGGAAAAAUGGUGUGCACUGGAGCUAAGUGUGAGCAGAAUUCCAAACUUGCCGCAAGAAAGUAUGCACGAAUAAUCCAGAAGCUUGGCUUUCCUGCUCAGUUCAAGGAAUUCAAAAUUCAAAAUGUGGUGGCCUCUUGUGAUGUUAAGUUCCCAAUAAGGCUUGAAGGGCUUGCUUUUUCCCAUGGGCACUUUUCCAGUUAUGAACCUGAGCUAUUUCCCGGUCUGAUUUAUCGGAUGAAACAGCCAAAGAUUGUUUUGCUGGUCUUUGUCUCUGGAAAGAUUGUUUUAACUGGUGCAAAGGUUAGGGAUCAGAUAUAUGAAGCAUUUGAAAAUAUUUAUCCUGUCCUAACAGAAUUCAGGAAGAUACAACAAUGACAAAUUGUGGUGUGUCAUUUAUAUUCUGCAUUUAAGGAAUAUUUCUGAUGCAUGUUACUAGAAAUGCACUGGUUGUUUUAUUAAUAUUGUUGCUAAUUUCACUAAAAUGGUGAAGUAGCAUUUUGUUUGAGAAGAGCAGCUACAUGUAAUCUGAACGAACUAGAACCAUUCAAUCCGUGCGUAGUUUUCACUUUUGAUUUGCAACUCAUGAUUUGGCGGACAAUUUUGUUUGUCUAGUGCAAUAUCAUUAAGUAUAUUCUGUAAUUAUUACAAAGAAUGCUUUUAUAUAAAGAUUAUGCGUUGAAUUGCACAGUUUAAGAUA